GGCAUAAUGGCCAGUUUACAUUGGCGGGAGAGAAAUUUAAAUGCAGAGACACGCGGAACUAAGUCAAUGCAAUGCAGCUUACGUUGACCUCGUGUAGACCAGGUCUUUACAAUGUAGAGCAGGCCUGGGAGACUUUGAUCCUUGUGGGAAGACCUAUCGCUAAUAAAAUCACUGUGGCAGAGCCUAGAUUGUCACUUGCCACGGAAAACAGGCUGGUGGGGCCUCUGUGUGAAAUGGGCAAAAGCCUCUUCUGAAAUCUCUCCAAUUGCUCUUUUCGCCCCGACAGGCUGCAGAGUAACGUCCAUAUUUUGAUCCGGAUCGUCCCACCCUUCCAGAGGAAAGGCAAUGGCUGCAGCAGAGUUAGCUGAGGGGCUGGUGACCUUCCAGGAGGUGGCUGUGUAUUUCACCGAGUCAGAGUGGGCUCUGCUGGACCCCGCUCAGAGAGCCCUCUACAGAGACGUCAUGCAGGAGAACUACGAGAAUGUGACCUCGCUGGGGUUUCCAGUUUCCAAACCUGAUGUGAUCUCCUGGCUGGAACGAGGGGAGGAACCCUGGGUCCCAGACCUCCAGGACCCUGAGAAAAGAGAGACCCUGAGAGAGGCCUGCACAGCAGGUGAUGGGAUGGUGAAUGAGGUGGAGAAUCCUCAACAAGAUGAUGCUGAGCAAGUAGAAGCACAUGGGACGUUAUCGGAAGGAUCCAAAGAGAAUGUUUCCGGGAGCUGUGCAGAGGCAAACGCCUGUGAGAGUCAGCACAGACCAGAGAAAAAGUUCAGUAGAGGCUCAGACCUUAUUAGAUAUGAGAGACUCAACGCAGGAGGAGCACCCUACAUCUGCCUGGAGUGUGGGAAAACCUUCAGACAUAAGAAAGUCUUUAGCAGACAUCAGAAAAUCCACACUGGAGAGAGACCAUACACAUGCUCCGAGUGUGGGAAAAGCUUCAGUCAUAGCUCAAACCUUACCACGCAUCACAGAAGCCACACUGGGGAGAAACCCUACACUUGCCAUGAGUGUGGGAAAAGCUUCAGUCGGAACUCGGAGCUUAUCGUACAUCAGAGAAACCACACAGGAGAAAGACCCUACACUUGCUGUGAAUGUGGGAAAAGCUUCAUUCGGAGCUCAGAGCUUAAAAAGCACCAGAGAAUCCACACUGGAGACAGACCCCACAGAUGCCCCGAGUGCGGGAAAGGCUUCAUUAACAGGUCUCAGCUUGUCACACAUCAGAGAAUCCACACAGGAGAGAGGCCCUAUUCAUGCCCUGAGUGCGGGAAAGGCUUCACUUCUAGCUCACAGCUUGUCUCGCAUCAGAGAAUCCACACAGGAGAGAAACCUUAUUCAUGCCCUGAGUGCGGGAGAAGCUUCAGUUCUAACUCACAGCUUGUCUCGCAUCGGAGAAUCCACACAGGAGAGAGAUCCUUUUCAUGCCCUGAGUGCGGGAGAAGCUUCAGUCAUAGUUCACAUCUUAUCACACAUCGGAGAACCCAUACGGGAGAGAGACCAUACACAUGUCCCGAGUGCGGGAAAAGCUUCAGUCAGAGCUCAAACCUUGUCACGCAUCAGAGAAUCCACACAGGUGAGAAACCCUACACGUGUCUUGAGUGCGGGAAAAGCUUAACUCGGCGCUCACUGCUGAUCAUACAUCAUAGACUCCACACAGGUGAGAGACCCUACACAUGCCUUGAGUGUGGGAAAAGCUUCACUCGAAGCUCAUUGCUGGUCAUACAUCAGAGAAUCCACACUGAAGAGAGACCUUACAGAUGCCCUGAGUGCGGGAAGGGCUUCACUUGUAGCUCUCAGCUUGUCUCACAUCGGAGAAUCCACACAGGAGAGAAACCCUACUCGUGCCCUGAGUGUGGGAAAAGCUUCACUGAUAGAUCACAGAUGAUCACGCAUCAGAGAAUCCACACAGGGGAGACGCCCUACACAUGCUCCGAGUGCAGGAAAAGCUUCCGUUCGAGCACUCAUCUUCUCGCACAUCAGAGAAUCCAUACGGGAGAGAAACCGUACACGUGCUCUGAGUGUGGGAAACGCUUCAGUCAGAGAUCAAAUCUUAUCACACAUCAGAGACUCCACACAGGGGAGACGCCCUACACAUGCGCUGAGUGCGGGAAAAGCUUCCGUCGGAACUCAGAGCUUAUCGUCCAUCAGAGAAGCCACACAGGAGAGAGACCCUACACUUGCUGUGAGUGCGGGGAAAGCUUCAUUCGGCGCUCAGAGCUUAAUAAGCACCAGAGAAUCCACACUGGAGAGAAACCCUUCGGAUGCCCUCAGUGCGAGAAACCCUAUGAAUGCGGUGAGUGCGGGAAAACCUUCACUCAGAGCUCAGCCUUCGUUACACAUCAGAGAAUUCACACGGGAGAAAGGCCCUAUGAGUGCUGCGAGUGCGGGAAACGCUUUGCUCAGAGUUCAGCCCUUCUGAUACAUCAGCGAAUCCACACAGGGGAGAGACCCUAUGGAUGCUGCGAGUGCGGGAAAAACUUCAGUAACAGCUCAGCCCUUAUUACGCAUCAGAGGAUCCACACGGGGGAGAGACCAUAUGAAUGCAGCGAGUGCGGGAAAAGCUUCACUCAGAGCUCAAACCUUACUAUUCAUGAGAGAAUCCACAGGGGAGAGAGACCCUACGAAUGCGGCGAAUGCGGGAAAAACUUCCCUCGGAGCUCAGCCCUUAUAAGGCAUCAGAGAAUCCAUGCGGGGGAGAGACCGUACGAAUGCCAUGAGUGCGGGAAAAGCUUCACUGAAAGCUCAGACCUUCUUAUACAUCAGAGAGUCCACACAGGAGAAAGACCCUAUAAAUGCAGCGAGUGCGGGAAAAGCUUCACUAAGAGAUCAGUCCUUGUCACGCAUCAGAGGAUCCACACCGGGGAGAGACCCUACGAAUGCCGCGAGUGCGGGAAAAGCUUCACUCAGAGCUCAGCGCUUAUCGCACAUCAGCGAAUACACAGAGGGGAGAGACCCUACGGAUGCUGUGACUGCGGGAAAAGCUUCACGGACAAAUCAGCCCUGAUCGCCCAUCAGAGAAUCCACAGCGGAGAGAGACCCUAUGAAUGCAGCGAGUGUGGGAAAAACUUCGCACGUAACUCGGCCCUAAUUACACAUCAGAGGAUCCACACGGGUGAGAGACCCUAUGAGUGCCGUGAGUGUAGGAAAAACUUCCAUCAGAGCUCAGCCCUUACUUACCACCAGAGAAUCUGCCGGGGCAAUAACCGUAAUUAAGACCUUGUCUAUGGCUGUGGAAAGAUUUUUUUUUUCUUGUGCUAAUUCCCAUAGAGUGAGCCUCAAAGCUGUUUGCACCCUUUGCUUCACCGUGGUCCUGCAGGUGCCCCAGGGGAGUUGCCAACUUCUGCCUUUUGUAGCUCGGCCUUCUUUUGAGUGAAGCCCAAGGUCCUUUCUACCUACUCCAUUGUUCUAGCGAUAGUGGGACUGUACCCCCCGCCUGCCAGGAAUGUCCUUCAGACACAGAUGGGGGAAACGGGGGCAGGGCUGCCCAGAGGAUUCAGGGGGCCUGGGGCAAAGCAAUUUUGGGGGCCCCCUUCCAUUAAAAAAAAGUUACAAUACUAUAGAAUACUAUAUUCUCGUGGGGGCCCCUGCGGGGCCCGGGGCAAAUUGCCCCAUUUGCUCCCCCCCCACACUCCCCUCGGGCGGCCCUGAACGGGGGUUAUCUCAGCUAGCUACAUGGAGGUAAAAUAUUCAUUUCCACUGUGAUUCUCGAGGCAUUCGCUAGCUCAGCUAUUCUUGCAGGAAAGUCCUGACCCAUGUCUCGAUGCCCAGGUUAUAGGGAAUGUUUCCUCAUGACCUGACCUAACCUCUGUCAUUCUCCUAAUCUCAACAGACCUUAAGCAUCACAUUUAGACUCCUCCUCCCACUGCAAAGCAAUUGUUAAAGUCACCGGGUCCCCUUUUUUGGGGGACCGAUCGUCUCAUUCCCAGUUGUUGUCACGUGGCUCUGAGUUGGGAUGAAUAGCAGUUAGGGGUUUGGUAACUUUAUCCUCAUUUAAAAUGUAUUUAACUAUAACAAGGAGCCUGGGCCGGCUGGGGGGAAAGUGUCAAUUCAGCUUCUGUGGUGCUGGAGGAGAUGGGGGGAUUCCCUGAUUCCCCACCAUCCCAUCGGAGUUACUCUCUGUCCGAGCCGUGUAGAAUUGAUCUUUUCCACCUUCAAACUCUCCACCUCCCAAAGGGUCACGCGAUGAGGUGUUCUCAGCUCACUCUUUGAUUUCCUUGAUCCUAAAUCAGACUCAUCAGGACUGGAGCGGAAAGUGUCCCAGACCCGGACGAGGAAUCAGUGUGUAUCCAAAACACAGUUUGAUCAUUAAGAGUUUAAAUGCCGCUCUCCGUCCUUUUGCAAAGCAGCUUCUGGGCUUUUUCCUGCUGAGUAUGGAUUGUUUGCAGAUUAGAAGUUUGGCUGUUUUUCCCCUCCUCCCACCACUAUGAUAAAGCUAAAACUUCCCUAAAUAACAUGACGCAAUAAAAGGAGACGGUGCUGAACAAAGCACCUUUGAACAUAUCCGAGAAGAACACAACGUGAACCCGUUGUCCUGACUGUGAGUCAUCAGAUAUAAUCUGCUCUGGAAUUUUACUUUAUCUAAAACUGAAAGUGUCUUAUUCCUCUCGGUGUUGUGGAUUUUUCUCCCUUUCCUAAAGGCCGUUUGGUUACAUAGUGGGGCGCUAGUUUUGUUUGAGAGAAUGUAGCUCAGAUUUAUUGGGGACUUUGAGACCACCGGCUAUCCGGCAAAAAUAGUCAUUUAUUUUAUUCUUGCAUUUCCGGCACCCCUCCAUGAUGACAGUUCGGUCAACUCUGGAGAUUCUGAUGCAGUUCGGUCAACACGGGAGAGUGCUCCACUAGGACAUGCUACCAAGGAAACAUUCGUGUUUUUAAUUCUCCACUAUGAAAUGCUGAACAAUAACCCACUCCAAAUUCUACAAGGUACUGAAGGAGCUGCAUGCGACCACCGUAUUGUUCAGUUCGUUAGGCCGAUAUUAUCUCAGGUGACCCGAGGAGAAAGUACCACGAUAUGUGGCGUGGAGUUUUGCAAUACGCUCACGCAGUUGGUUCCCAAAGCAGUUAUGAGCCAGGGCCUACAGGAGGUUAUGCCUGCAGAUAUCUCCUAGCUAAGAUUUUGAUUGGUGAAACAUUGUCCCUAACUAUGCAAAUGUGGAGGAAAUAGAAGCAACAUUUGUGUUGAACUAACCCUCGGUAGGUGCUGCAAAGGAGUGUAAAAUGAAAUCCGUGUUGCACAUGAGAGAGCUGAAGAAAAAUAACUAUUUUUUUUAACAGAAACUCUGCCUGGUGUAGCUUACAGAGAGUCCGAUUCAGGUCUGUGUCUGGUUCCUAACAGAGACCUGUGCCACCAGAGAGAUCGACGCCUAGGCUCCUGGACAGCGAAUGGGGAGAAACUGGCACCUUGGAAUGGGAUCCACAAAACCUGUCAUGCUAGGUGGCUUCUCACCUGAGGUAGCCAGGCUGUCCCUCCCCAUCACCUCUCCGUCCCCAGCCUCUUGCUUCUCCCUCCUCUCCCUGACAGCUGGAUUUACGGCCACAAGGGAGCAGCAGGUCAUCUGGGUCUGACCUCAUGUAUAGGAGAGGCCACCGACAUCACCCCUCAACUGUGCCACGGCUGGAGAACAGGAGGGACGCAGGUGCACCAGUGGCUGAUGCCCAUGCAGUGGCAGAGACACGCGGAUGCCGAUGUGCCCUUGUUGCCAAGGCAUUUCAGAUUUGUUGUCCCAAAUCAGAGGGAAGUGGAAAUGUAUGAGGAAUUUUAUACCCUCGGUUAAUAAACGAGGUAAAAAUUGAGUGGAACACCAUAUACAUUUUUGGGAAUUAGAAAAUGGGGGGAAAACGUGCAAGGACUUUAUAUCAAACAAUAAUCAAGAAUUUGACAAAACAGCAACAUUGGAGAAGAUCCUCUGUUAAUAUAUCAUUAGAGGGGAAAAUCUCAGGGGAUAAUAUCAGUCACAGAUAAUUAGAGAAAAACAGGGCAAUGUUUUUAAGGCUGCUGUGUCACUAUUUUAGAAUUAAGGAGUAAGUGGGGGUGAAAACCUAUUUAUUUGUUCACAGAGAAAAACACCAAUAUCAAUGUUCAGUAAUUUGAGAGACAGGCAUUAUAUAGAUGUGAUCAAGAAACAACAGAAGGGGACGGUUCCCCCUUGGCUGACAAUCACACGGCCGCAAGGAGCCCUGGGCAAUGCUGCUUUAAUAGGGGACGGGAU